GAUCCCAUAUUUCAAGAUAGAGAAAUCGUGCAAUUUGAACUUUCUACUGAUAUUGCAGAUUCAAAUAUUAAAGGUGAUACUAAUAUGGACUUUGACCCUGAGGAUCUUGUUGAUACUGUUUUAAGCGUUAAAUUAGCAUUAGAAAUUAAAUAA